GUGAAUGUAUUUCGAUUGGAAAUGGAGGGUAUUACAGUCAAAGGAAAAGGUUGUCCCAAACCAAUUAAAUCUUGGGUCCAGUGUGGAAUUUCGAUGAAGAUCUUGAAUUCGCUAAAAAAGCAUGGGUAUGAAAAGCCCACACCAAUCCAAACCCAAGCAAUUCCUGCCAUAAUGUCUGGACGAGAUUUGAUUGGCAUUGCUAAGACUGGAAGUGGAAAGACCAUUGCUUUUUUGUUGCCCAUGUUUAGACAUAUCAUGGAUCAGAGGUCAUUAGAAGAAGGAGAGGGGCCAAUAGCUGUCAUCAUGACUCCAACUCGAGAACUAGCUUUACAAAUUACUAAAGAAUGUAAGAAGUUUUCAAAGACCUUGGGACUUAGAGUGGUCUGUGUUUAUGGAGGAACAGGAAUCAGUGAGCAGAUUGCUGAGCUGAAAAGAGGUGCUGAAAUUAUUGUUUGCACACCUGGUCGAAUGAUUGAUAUGUUAGCAGCUAACAGUGGCCGGGUCACGAAUCUUCGAAGAGUAACGUAUGUUGUUCUAGAUGAAGCAGACAGAAUGUUUGACAUGGGUUUUGAACCACAGGUCAUGCGCAUUGUGGAUAAUGUCCGUCCUGAUCGUCAGACAGUUAUGUUUUCAGCUACUUUCCCCAGAGCUAUGGAGGCUUUGGCUCGCAGAAUCCUGAGCAAACCCAUUGAAGUGCAGGUUGGAGGGAGGAGUGUGGUUUGCUCAGAUGUGGAGCAACAAGUGGUAAGUCUUCUCCUUAAUUUACCUGCAGGCAUUGAUCAAUAUGACAGAGAUAGCAUCAUAAAUGACUUUAAAAAUGGGACCUGCAAACUUCUUGUGGCCACCUCUGUCGCUGCCCGAGGUCUAGAUGUGAAACAUCUGAUUCUUGUAGUAAAUUAUAGCUGCCCCAAUCAUUAUGAGGAUUAUGUGCACAGAGCAGGACGGACUGGAAGAGCGGGCAACAAGGAGGGGAAAAUAAUUAAAAAGAGUAGUGGGUUCUCUGGUAAGGGAUUCAAGUUUGAUGAAACAGAGCAAGCUUUGGCUAAUGAGAGGAAGAAGUUACAAAAAGCGGCUCUUGGUCUACAAGAUUCAGAUGAUGAAGAUGCUGCAGUCGAUAUUGAUGAGCAAAUUGAAAGCAUGUUUAAUUCAAAGAAGAGAGUAAAGGAUAUGGCUGCUCCUGGAACAUCAAGUGUCCCUGCUCCAACUGCAGGAAAUGCUGAGAAAUUAGAAAUUGCUAAGAGAUUGGCUCUUAGGAUCAAUGCUCAGAAGAAUUUAGGCAUUGAAUCUCAGGUAGAUGUGAUGCAACAGGCCACCAACGCCAUUCUCAGAGGUGGCACCAUUCUGGCUCCCACCGUGUCUGCAAAAACCAUCGCAGAGCAGCUUGCCGAAAAGAUCAAUGCCAAGCUCAAUUAUGUGCCUUUAGAGAAGCAAGAAGAAGAGAGACAGGAUGGUGGACAGAAUGAAUCUUUUAAGAGAUAUGAGGAAGAAUUAGAGAUCAAUGAUUUCCCACAGACUGCUAGGUGGAAAGUUACUUCUAAGGAAGCUCUGCAGAGAAUCAGCGAAUACUCUGAAGCUGCAAUUACAAUCAGAGGAACAUACUUCCCUCCUGGCAAAGAACCCAAGGAAGGAGAGCGGAAAAUUUACUUGGCAAUUGAAAGUGCCAAUGAACUGGCUGUGCAGAAAGCAAAGGCAGAAAUCACCAGGCUCAUAAAAGAAGAACUGAUCCGGCUGUGGAGAAUCCCUUAA